CCCUCGUCAUGGCGUCCGAUGGUGACGAUGGCAUCGCCGUGCAGACGUUCACGCUGGAACAAGAACAAGAACUGCGCGUGGAGACGCCCGCGAGGGGGGAGAUAAAGCUCAAGCUCGUCGAUGGCACGGCGGAAGUCUUCGGGGCGGAGAUCGCCGUCGGGCAGAGCAUUACGUGUGUUUCGGGACGUAAACUCGCCGUUUUCACCUAUCACGGCGCGACGAUCGAAGUGAGAGGAGAGGUAGAGAUCGCGUACGUCGCCGGGGAGACGCCGAUGGUGAGUUACGCGAACACGCACUCGGUUUUGAAUGCGAAACGCGUGGCCGCGGCGAGCGAGAAUUCGAGCGAAGCCGAGGGACCGAGGGUAAUGUGUGUCGGACCGACGGACGUGGGUAAGAGCACGGUGUGUUCUAUAUUAUGUAACUACGCCACGCGCGCCGGACACGCUCCGCUGUACGUGGAUUUAGAUUUAGGACAGGGCGCGGUCACGGUGCCGGGAACGAUUUGCGCCGCGCCGAUUGACGCGCAGAUAGACCUCGAAGAGGGAAUACCGCUGGAGAUGCCUCUGGUGUACUUUUACGGCGACUUGACUGUGAAUAAUCCCGAUUACUAUAAGCACAUCGUCUCGAGGUUGGGCACUAUGCUAGACGAGCGAAGCAAGGCAAACGAAGAGGCGCGCGCGGCUGGAUGCGUGGUGAAUACGAUGGGUUGGAUCGAUGGCGUCGGCCUGGAGCUCUUGCUUCACGCUCGAGAGGCGCUCAAGAUUGAUCACGUCCUUGUCAUUGGUCAGGAGCGUUUGUUCGGGCAACUGCAGCAAAAACUUAAGGGAACGGACUGCCAAGUGUUUCGACUGCAAAAGUCUGGCGGCGUCGUUGAACGCACGCCCGAGUACCGCCGAGCAUCUCGCGAUCGCAUGUUCAAGGAAUACUUUUACGGCGCUACCGGCGAGCUCGCACCGGCGUCGCAGACGGCUUAUUUCUCGAAAAUCAGCAUAUAUCGCAUCGGGGGUGGUCCGCGAGCGCCGACGUCCGCGUUGCCAAUCGGUCAAGCUCCGUCCACGGAUCCCAUGCGAGUCACUCCCGUUGUGCCUUCCACGUCGCUUUUGCACUCCGUCUUAGCGGUUAGUCACGGGAAAACACAGGGGGACUUGCUCACUUCGAACGUUGCUGGUUUCAUUUAUAUCACCGAGGUGAACAUGAUGCAGAAAUCGUUCACGUAUCUGUCGCCGUGCCCGGGCGAAUUGCCGUCAAACGUCUUGCUCUCUGGUAACUUGAAAUGGUUAGGCGAAGAUGUGAAGUAGCGAGUGA